ACGGUCCCGGGGACACGCUACAGACGGUCCCGGGGACACGCUACAGACGGUCCCGGGGACACGCUACAGACGGUCCCGGGGACACGCUACAGACGGUCCCGGGGACACGUUACAGACGGUCCCGGGGACACGCUACAGACGGUCCCGGGGACACACUGCUGACGGUCCCGGGGCAGCGCUGCUGACGGUCCCGGGGACACACUGCUGACGGUCCCGGGGACACACUGCUGACGGUCCCGGGCAGCGCUGCUGACGGUCCCGGGGACACACUGCUGACGGUCCCGGGGACACACUGCUGACGGUCCCGGGGCAGCGCUGCUGACGGUCCCGGGGACACACUGCUGACGGUCCCGGGGACACACUGCUGACGGUCCCGGGGACACACUGCUGACGGUCCCGGGGACACACUGCUGACGGUCCCGGGGCAGCGCUGCUGACGGUCCCGCGGGCGCGCUACGGACGGCCCCGCGGACACGUUACAGACAGCCCGACAGACGGUCCUACAGACAGUCCAAACGACAGACACGCCACACAGUCCGAAAGACACACACUACAGACAGUCCUAUGGACACGCUACAGACGGUCCUGUGGGCGCGCUACAGAUGGUCCUACAGGUAGUCCUACUGACACACUACAGACGCACUACAGAUGGUCCUACAGGCGGUCCUACGGACACGCUACAGACGCACUACAGAUGGUCCUACAGGUGGUCCUACGGACACACUACAGACGCACUACAGUUGGUCCUACAGGCGGUCCUACGGACACACUACAGACGCACUACAGAUGGUCCUACAGGCGGUCCUACGGACACACUACAGACGCAUUACAGAUGGUCCUACAGGUGGUCCUACGGACACGCUACAGACGCGCUACAGAUGGUCCUACAGGUGGUCCUACGGACACACUACAGACGCACUACAGAUGGUCCUACAGGCGGUCCUACGGACACACUACAGACGCACUACAGAUGGUCCUACAGGCGGUCCUACGGACACACUACAGACGCACUACAGAUGGUCCUACAGGCGGUCCUACGGACACACUACAGACGCACUACAGAUGGUCCUACAGGUGGUCCUACGGACACACUACAGACGCACUACAGGUGGUCCUAUGGACACAUUACUGGCAGUCCAACAGCCACGCUACGGGCGGCCCUACAGACACGCUACAGACAGCCCGAACGACAGACAUGCUCACAGACAGCCCUACAGACGCGCCACAGACAGUCCGACAGACGGUCGUACACAGUCCGUACGACAGACGCCAAUAGUCCGAAAAACAGACACGCUACAGACUGUCCUAUGGACGCACUCCAGAUGGUCCUGCGGAUGCGCUACAGACAGUCUGAAAGACAGACACGUUACAGACGGUCCCACGGGCGGUCCCACAGACACACUACAGACUGUCCUACAGACACACUAGACAGUUUUACUGUUUUACGACACGCUACAGUCAGACACGCUACAGACAGUUUUACAACACGCUACAGACAGUCCUGCAGACACGCUAGACAUACAGUAGCACCCCAGUAACUGCAUCUCAGUAAGCAUCACUUUCAUACAGACACGCCACAGACAUGCUACAGACACACUGCAGACAUUAAUAUGGACAGGCUACAGACAUGCUACGGACGUGUUGAGGACACGCUACAGACACUACAGACACGCUACAGACUUUCAUGCAGACACGCUACAGACUUUCAUGUAGACACGCCACAGACAUUCAUGCAGACACGCUACAGACAUUCAUGCAGACAUUCAUACAGACACUCUACAGACUUUCAUACAGACACGCUACAGACACAACAGACAUUCAUACAGACACUACAGACUUUCAUGUGGACACUCUACAGACAUUCAUACAGACACGCUACAGACAUUCAUACAGACACGCUACAGACAUUCAUACAGCCAUUCAUACAGACAUUCAUGCAGACACGCUACAGACAUUCAUGCAGACACGCUACAGACAUUCAUACAGACAUUCAUGCAGACACGCUACAGACAUUCAUGCAGACACGCUACAGACAUUCAUGCAGACAUUCAUGCAGACACGCUACAGACAUUCAUUCAGACACGCUACAGACAUUCAUUCAGACACGCUACAGACAUGCUGCAGACAUUCCUACAGACACGCUACAGACAUGCUGCAGACAUUCAUUCAGAAACGCUACAGACAUUCCUACAGACACGCUACAGACAUGCUGCAGACAUUCAUUCAGACACGCUACAGACAUUCCUACAGACACGCUACAGACAUUCAUGCAGACACGCUACAGACAUGCUACAGACAUUCAUGCAGACACGCUACAGACAUGCUGCAGACAUUCAUGCAGACACGCUACAGACAUGCUACAGACAUUCAUGCAGACACGCUACAGACAUGCUACAGACAUUCAUGCAGACACGCUAGACAUACAGUAGCACCCCAGAAACUGCAUCUCAGUAAGCAUCAGUAGUAUGAUUGACUAGUAUGAUUGAUUGACUAGUAUGAUUGAUUAACUAGUAUGAUUGCCUGCCUGUUAUGAUUGAUGAGUAUGAUUGAUAGGUGUGUUUCUGAUGAUACCACUGAGCGCUGUACAGCUGAAGCCUUCUCCAGACUGGAGCCAGUCUGUGCACUAACGUGACACCACAAGACUAUGAAAGCCCACUGAGCUAAACUCCUAGGCAUUAGCCCAGGGAGCUGCAGUUAAGUAACCAGGAGCAGUCAAUCAACAGUGUCUUCCUGUUUAACCUUCAGGUCAGACCCCCCUCUCUCUCUUCCUGCCCACAGUCAUGUGCUAAAAUGGCACCCUAUUCCCUACAUUGUGCACUAUAUAGGGAAUAGGGUGCCAUUGGGACGCAACCCAGUGAGGACCCCCACACUGUCUCCGGCUGCAGUCCGCUGUUAUUCUAAAUGGUAGAUUUACCAAGGCCACUAGAGAAUUCCUCUGGGUUACAGCCAAGAGCUGGCCGGCCGCACGGGGAGAGAGAGAGGAAAGGAGGACGAGAACUCCACUCAGCGGUUCCUGAGGAGCAACUCUUUCCCUCUCCUGCCCUGUUCCUUCUUCCACCUCUUCUUACAGUUCAGAUGUGUAUGUUGGCCAGUCAUGGAGGCUCUCCUGCCCCUCUGAGCUUCGACAUGUCUAUUCAGAUGAUGUGACAUCUUAUUGCAGUUCAUUGCCUUAUCGUUGGGCGCCAGGUGUGUCACUCCAUUAAUAAUGUAAGUGACUGUAACUGACAAUCUGUUCCAUACUCUGUCACUAUCUUCUGCAUUUUGUGUUCCGGGAGAAAUAGUCUGAAGUGCUUCCUGUUUCUCAGUGUUCUAUACAGCACGUCACUUCCUCUACACCCACAGUUGUGCUCAUGGAUAGUCAGCCGCACCAGAAUGACCAUACAGAAUGUGGUCUAGUAUGGUUUUAAUUCACCUGUCUGAUAAUGUGUAUACAAACAGUAUUAUGAAACUCUAAGGACUCAUGAAAUCAAAAUCAACAAAUGUAUCUUGAUAUCAUUAAAGUGUAUUUUUGUGUGGA